AUGGCUGUCUCUCCUGCUCCUGUUGAGGAGGCUCCCCAGUCCAUCUUUGCACCAGAGUCCAUUCCAGCAGCAAAGGCAACUCCAGCACAAGUGCCCAUCGCUGCUUCAGAGCCCAUCCCAGCACCAGUGCACAUUCCAGCACCAGUGCCCGUAUCUGCACCAGUGCCCGUCUUUGCACCAGAGCUCAUUCCAGUACCAGUGCCCAUUCAAGCACCAGUGCCCAUCUCUGUUUCAGAGCCCAUUCCAGCACCAGUGGCCAUCUCUGCACCAAUGCCAAUCCCAGCACAAGUGCCCAUCUCUGCUACAGAGCCCAUCCCAGCACCAGUGCACAUUCCAGCAUCAGUGCCCAUCUCUGCACCAGUGCCCGUAUCUGCACCAGUGCCCAUUCCACCACCAGUACCCCUCUCUGCACCAGUGCCCAUUCCAGCAGCAAAGGCACUCCCAGCCCUUGCUGACCGCUAUCAUCUGAAUAGGCCCAGAAGGAGGUAUGCGGAUAUAUUUGCCACAUCAGUGCUGACUGUGCCAGUAGCCCCACCCAACAUGUUGGACCUCAUGGCACCAAUGGCCAUUCCUGACCUCAUAGAAGAUCAAGAUGAGUCUGGACAGUGCCUAAAAACAACUCUGUCUGCUCAGGAGGUGAUGGCUGCCUCUCCUGCUCCUGUUGAGGAGGCUCUUAAAUCGGCUUCCUCUAAGGAUUACAUACCAUCUUUUAAGAGAUAUUGUAGGGGCUGGCUCACGUGGAUACUUUCAAAGAAAGAGGCUCAUCUCCCUGAUGACACUAACAAAUCUAUUUUUUGGGAUGUGUCUAAACAGAAAUGGGUGGAUCGAAAUGAACCAGAGAAAAAGACCAAAGCCGUCCCACCACCACCCAUGGACCCUCCACUGAUGCCCCCCUGGAACACCAGCAGCUCAACAGGAUGUGGUGGCCCAUCUACUUUACUCCCCACCAAUGGAGCACCAGUCAACAUGUUCCGGAGGACUGGUGAGUUCAUCUGCAGUGUGCUAGUAACAGCACAUGACCAUUGGCUCAGUCUGAUAUUUCAGCUUACAGACUGA